AUGGCAGCAUCUACGGAAGAUGCGUGGCCGCAAAAAAUGCGCGCCUGGACAUACAGCAGUGCCAGCGGCGGCCUCGACAAAUCCUUGCAGCUGCAGACCGACACGUCCCCGCCACCCAAGACUCUGCUGGAGAAAGAUUCAGUGCUGGUGCACGUCAGCUACAUGACACUCAACCCAGCAGACUACAAGCUUCCGGAGUUAGGCUUGUUAUCCAAGUUCGUGAUACCUGUGCCCGCAAGCCCUGGAAUGGACUUCAGCGGCACCGUCACGGCCGUGGGCAGCGACGUCAAGGCGUACCAGCCGGGCCAGAAGGUCUUCGGCAGGGUUGAGCCCAUCAAGAACAAGUACGGGUCGCUCGCCGAGUACAUCAUCGUAAAGGACGGCGAGGGACUCUCCGCGGCGCCGGCGGGCUGGGAGGACAAGAUGGACCAGCUCGCCUGCGUCGGGACCUGUGGCCUCACGGCGCUGCAGAGUAUCCAGCCCUACGUUUCGACGGGCGACAAGGUCUUCAUCAACGGCGGCAGCGGCGGCACCGGUGUGUUCGGCAUACAGAUCGCCAAGGCGCUUGGACUGCACGUCACGGCCAGCUGCUCCGGCGCGAGCGCGGAUUUUUGCCGGAGCCUCGGGGCCGACGAGAUCAUCGACUACAAAGAGCAGAACCUGAGCGAGGUGCUCAAGGGCAAGGGCAAGGUUUUCAAGCUUGUAGUCGACAACGUCGGCUUCACCCCGCCCGGACAGCAGGACUUGUACACCGCUGCGAACGAGUUUUUGGUGGACAACGGGCACUUCAUCCAGGUCGGCGGAGGCGCUGGCCUUCAGCAGGUCAAGGCUGUCAUGUCGAGGACGUUUAUGCCGGGAUUCCUUGGGGGCGGAAAGAGGAAGUUCAGUAUGAUCAUGACGAAGCAAUCCCACGAGGGCCUGGCAAGGAUAGGGGGAUGGAUGAGCGAGGGCAAAAUCAAGGGUGUGAUCGACGAGGUCUUCGAGUAUGAGGAUGCUCCCAAGGCUUAUUCCAAGUUGAAGACAGGAAGAGCAAAGGGUAAGAUUUUGGUGGUGGUUGCCAAGUAAUGUUUCGUUGAACCACGACUUGGAAGGGUGUGUGAGGGGCGCUAUUAGUGGCAGAAUUAUAACUGAAUUUGCUGGCUUCAACGGCCG